UCGCUUGACCCAAAAUUUCGAGGAGACUAACCGUCAUUGAUAACGGUACGGCCCAUUAUCCAUUCAUGAUUCACGUAAACCCAUGUGAUAAAUAGUCUAAUAAUUAGUACCAAAUGACCCAUAUAUUCAUGUUUAUACAUCCCACGUUGCAUGUUUCUUAUGACGUGAUAAGUUAUCAUUCGCGGACUUUCAGCAAUCUUUCUAUUUUUCUAAGAGCUUUUGUUGACCAAUGCUGCUCAUGACCGUAGGAUUCGGAGGCUUUCCUGCUUCUACGGCUACGAUUUAAUAGAAGAUCUCCAAAGUCCAUAUGUCACAUGCCAUACAUUAAGCUAUACAUGAAACUUAAAUUAGUGUAGUACAUUAACUAUAAUUUAACCGAAGAACGAAUAAAAGUCCACGGACACUUGCAUGAUAAGUUUUAUUUUAUUUUGCAGUUACCUAUUUAUUACUACUACAUUCUCGACUUAAACUAACAUAUAAAUUAUACAAGUGAACAUGGAUCACAUGCCUACUCGGUUUUAGAUCAACAUUAUUUGCUUAUGGAAUUCACAACUGCUUAUCAACAUCACAUGCGAUUAUGCGAACCGUACAUAUCAUUUAUUUGAAUUUAAUCAUCAAACAAUCAUUAACACUAUAACUUAGAAUUUGUCAACGUAUUCUUUAAAAUUAUUCAAACAUACCACUAUAUAUACAAUUACACAUAAAUACCCGUCGUAACCGUUUACGAUUACUUCACCCUCACACUUCACCACAAACACAAAACAUAAAUACUUUCACAAAAUCCAGAAUCUACAAAGAUUUAUCACUCUUUGUAAUUAAGAAACAUUAAAUAUGGAUAAUAAUAAGCUUGUAGCUGUUUUGGUGAUCUUGCUGAUGAAAUCAUCAACGGCUGCGAACAACUACAAUGUCGUCAGCUUCGGUGCUAAACCGGACGGAAGAACCGACUCCACAGAAGCUUUCCUGGGAGCGUGGCAAGCAGCUUGCCGUUCAGCUGCAGCAGUCACUGUAACGGUCCCGAGAGGAAGCUUCUUGCUAAAACCGGUGGAGUUUCGUGGUCCAUGUCGCAGUAGAAUCACGUUUCAGAUCUAUGGAACGAUUGUUGCUCCUUCGGAUUACCGUGGUUUGGGGAAUUCCGGUUAUUGGAUCUUGUUCGUGAAAGUUAACCGGAUCUCAAUCAAUGGAGGAACGUUAGAUGCUAGAGGCGCUUCUUUUUGGGCGUGUCGAAAAUCCGGAAAGAGUUGCCCUGUUGGCGCCAGAUCAAUGACGUUUAACUGGGCAAACGACGUAGUAGUGACCGGCUUAACGUCAAUAAACAGUCAAGCAACACAUUUAGUGAUAAAUAGCUGCAACAAUGUAAUUGUCCGGAAAGUAAAGCUAGUGGCUCCAGACCAAAGUCCCAACACAGAUGGCCUUCACGUCCAAGGUUCUGCUGGUGUUACCGUAACCGAUAGCACAUUCCAAACCGGAGAUGAUUGUAUCUCAAUCGGUCCUGGAACUCGUAACCUCUACAUGUCUAAACUCAAUUGCGGUCCAGGCCAUGGAAUCAGUAUUGGGAGUUUGGGAAGAGAUUCAAAGGAAGCAGGAGUAGAGAACAUAACGUUGAUAAACUCUGUUUUUUCAGGUUCCGAUAAUGGUGUUCGGAUCAAGACAUGGGCUAGACAAAGUACAGGUUUUGUAAGAAACGUUUUGUUUCAGAAUCUGAUCAUGAAAAAUGUUCAAAAUCCGAUCAUUGUCGAUCAGAAUUACUGUCCGGCUAAUCAAGGUUGUCCCAAACAGGGUUCUGGAGUGAAGAUUAGUCAAGUUGUGUAUAGAAACAUUCAAGGGACGUCGCGGACGCAACAGGCUUUAACCUUUGAUUGCAGUCGCAGUAAUCCGUGCCAAGCGAUUAGGUUACAUGAUAUUAAGCUAAUGUUUAACGGUCGGUCCGCUACUGCGACAUGUAAGAAUAUUAAAGGAGUUAAGGCUGGUGUAGUGAUGCCUCAAGGUUGUCUUUGAUAUAAUUCAUGAAUUUGAAAGUGUUUAGAUGACAUUACACCGUCGUGGACGCAGAGUAUUAUUUACGUUCUGUGAUCGAGUUGUUUUGUUUUGCGUCUUCAUCCAUGUAUAUCUUGAAACUUUCAAUUUGUACUCUCUUUUUUUUUGUACAAGAUAUAUUAAA